CGUUUUUUCCCAAACGUGGGAGACUGUGGAGAGAGUGAGUGUGUGUGUGGAGGAGAGAGGAGGAGACCAGCUGAAGACACGGAGGAACAACACAGCACUUCAGACCAAAGAGAUCUGUUGAUACGACUACACAAGGAUCCACCAAAAUGGCAUUCCUGUUGAUGUUUGUGACUGUUCUGCAUUUGGUCACCCUGGCCAUGCUUUUCAUUGCCACCAUGGAGAAGUCCUGGUGGUCUUGGGGAGACAUAGAGAACACAGAUCUCUGGUAUAAGUGCACCUAUGAAAACGCCACAGAAACCUGGUUAUGUGCUUCUGCCAAAGACAGCGAAUGGCUGCAGUCAGUCCAGGCCCUCAUGAUCUUGUCUGUGGUGCUCUCUUCCAUCUCCUUCAUGGUGUUCCUCGGGCAGCUCUUCACCAUGUCCAAAGGAGGUCUUUUCUACUUCACUGGCCUGUGCCAACUAUUUGCAGGUUUUGCAGCGUUUGCGGCUGUUCUUAUCUACACCUUUCAAAGGAGAGCGAUUCUUCAGGAUUCUCGUGAACUGGAAAAUGGUCAUUUCGGCUACUGUUACAUUCUAGCGUGGGUGUGUGUGCCCCUUUUACUUAUCAGUGGCGCACUUUAUGUGCAUCUGCGCAAACGGGCCUGAUUUUCUGCUUAACACCAUACAUGUACUUUAGUAGUUUAGUCUGCUAUGAGAUUAUACAGUAUUUGCUUAUGGCUCUGAUUAGGCGAGCCAGUUUUUGAUAUUUCUUAUUGUUAUUUAUUAUUAUAACAUUAGUUUUUAGGACCAAACUAUUAAAACCUGCUUUGUUGCUUUUGCGGAGUUGCAACAAAACUUGCUGUAUUUUCCCAUAGUGGGGAAACUGCUGCUCUAAAUUUGAUGCUGACAAUAAAGUGGGAUUUUGAUGCAAAAUUCUUUUUUUUUUUAAAGGAAAAUGAAAAUUUGCUGAAAAUUUACUCACCCAUAGGAUAUCCAAGGCGUGCAUCCAAACAGAUUUGGAGAAAUGUAGCAUAAUAUCACUUGCUCAGCAGUGGAUCCUCUGUAGUGAAUGGGUGCCGUCAAACAGCUGAUAAAAACAUCACAAUAACCCACAUGAAGAAAACGCGUCUGUUUUUAAUAAAUCCAUCAUUAAGGUGCUAACCCUAGCUAAAAUACAACUCCUCUAUCCAUAAUAUUUAUUUCUUCAAUGAAAAAGUCUUCUCGUCUGAAUCAGGAGAGAAAUAUGCACAGAUCACCGUUUACGAGCCAAAACAGUCCAAAAUGGUUCUAAACAAAUUUAUCGGUAGAUUUUGAUGUGAGAGAACAACAGGAAAUGGACUUUUUCACUGGAGAAAGCGUUAUUAUGAAUUAUGAACUGAUAUUUUGUCCAGAAGCGACAGUUUAAAAUGAAAAGGCCUCAAAAAAGGCCUGGAUUUGUUUUUGGAAAAUGUGCAUCUUUUCACUUCACAAGAUGUUAAUUGAUGGGCUGGAGUGGUGUGGAUUGCUUGUAGAUUACUGUGAUGUUUUUAUCAGCUGUUUGGACUCUGACGGCACCCAUUCACUACAGAGGAUCCAUUGGUGAGCAAGUGAUGUAAUGCUACCCAUUUCUCCAAAUCUCUUGAGAUGAUCAAACAAAUGUUCAGCUAAUUUUCAUUGUUGGGUGAACUGUUAUUUUAAACAAUGCUUUAAGAAAACUGGAGUUUCUUUCAAAUCAAAUUGUCAGAAUUCUAAAAACUGGAAACGUUAAAUCUGUCCUUUUUUCCAAUACUAAACAUGCCCAUGUGCAUUUGUAUUAUUAUGUUUUUAUGUAUCCAAACUCUAUAAAUAAAAUAUUUUUUAAC